CAUGACGGCCCCAGAUGGCCCCAAGACGCCCCCCGAAGCAUUUCAAAUCGUGACCCGGUCGUUCAGGGAGACCGCGAUUGGAAGCAGUGUGGCCCGAGGAAGCUUCCAGGGGGCCUUAGAAGGAACCCAGAAGGCCUCCAGAAGGCCCCAACAAGCCCUGUAUAGACUCUCCGUAGCCACUUGGACUCAAGCCCAAGGGCCCAUUGUUGGUUUGAGGUCUGAUUUCCGAUACCGAUCGCUUUGAAUAGGCCCUUGUGUAGCAACGAUGGCCAGAGGUUUGAUGUUGAUGGCUUUGGUCAGCUUCGUCUUCGUCGGUCAGGCCGCCAGCGAGGGUGAGAAUCUCAUGACCGAGCUUGCGGACGAGGUACUUUCCAACCAGCAGGCGCUCCUGAGUAUCCCUUGGGAAAUCUACAGGGACACGCCAUCGUUCAGGGAUGUUGGCUACGUUGGCGAAUUUCCAAUUAGGGAUUCUGCUGCUACUGAGAUCCAUCUGAGCUCGUUGCAGACUGGACGGGAAACCCAAGGAUUCCCUCCAAACGUUCUGAUUGGCAGGGCCUUGGUCAAAGACUCCCUCAAUGUCACACAGCCUCCUUCGAAUUUCCGCUACACGGGAAAAGGAGGUGAGGAGAUCAAACACUUGAAUGGUUUGACGAACCCUGCGGGCGAUCUGACUGUGUGGCAGUGGCAGAGGAUGAGGUGGUCUGCUGCGAAGGGGUGGCUGGAAUAUUGGGCUGACCGGGGGAUUGGGGGUGCUACGCGAUUGGCCAUCAUCCAUUCCAGCGGUGAUAUUUUGUACGGCGGCUGUGACGAGAACACAAUCGUCUACAAGUACAACAGGAUCGUCAGCGCGAGUGGCGGUUCGCAGAAGAUCGUGAUGGCGGCGGAGCUGAGUCCUUGGCCAGCCGACCUUGGGUGGAGCUAUAACAUGACUGGCUCUAGCUGGGUUGAGGGAAGGAGGACCGACGUGCUCUCGGACGUGAGCGUGCCCGAUGACUGGGAGUCGACGUACGCGAAUUGCACCGACCCCAGCGUAGGCCCGUGCAAUUCCGUACCAAAGUACAUGUACGCCAAUUCCGGUUUCAUUAUGGGUACUAUCGACGCUCUCAUCGACAUGAUUGCAGAGCUUGGGACAACCUACUCUGGCUGGGACAAUCGAUGGUUCAACGAGUACUAUUUGAAGAACCCUGCCACUGUGACUCUCGACUACGCUGGCGACCUGUCAAUGUCUCUCCACAACAUGAACCUCGGCAGCCUCCCGCUGGAAGUCAGCGUGAACAACACGGGCAAGAGCAUCCAGAGCAAGUUGACAAACGGUAGCAUUUGUUUCUUACAUGGCAACGGUAACAGCUUCACAGCUCUUCAGGGUGUCGCAAGGGAGCUCAAGGCGUAGACUCGAACAGCUGUAGGCAGUGCGGUUCGAUUGUGGUUUUCUCAUGGAUGCGUGCGCAUGCACACGCACACAUGGACACGCACAGGCAAGUACCAGUGGUGUUCAUUCGCACGCGCACCUCGCCUCGCGUUAUAAGCGUAUCCACCGCGAGGUCCCCUCUUGUGUCGGUUGCUUAGGGUCUCUUCUCGGGGCGCAGGGCUUUGCUGCUCCGCUUCCCGCUGCCGUCAGCGUGCACACGACUGCCCAUGUUUGGGGCUCAUUCCGCUGAGUGUUUCCAAUUUCAUAGGGUCGAAAGUACCUGCCAAUCGAGGGCUGCGCAACUCUAGCAGCAAUGCAGUGCUGCCGUGCCAGCGAAGCUAGUCGCGCUGGUUGCUCUGCAGGUCGCCGUCUUGUGUUCUUACAUUUUGUAGUCCCGUUGCUUUUGCGAGUGCUAGUGGAGCUGACUUGGGCCCACAUGCCGGCAAUAGAGAGCCUAUGUGGGUGCGCGCGAUUCGCGUAUGGAAAUACAGAAACCUUUAAAAUAACUACUUUCGUGAGGCCCCAGGGAGGCCCUCCUAGGAGGAGCCUCCGCAAAACGAGCUAAGGAGGAUGGAG